UUAUUAUUAUCUACAUGUGUUUGAACUUAAAUUGAAGUAUGUAUAUUGUCGCUGAAUUUAAAAACAUUUUAAUUAAGGGUUGCAUUUUUUUGUAAUACCGAAAUAUUACCAAGAGCAUUAAAAUAGUUUGUCAUGAAAAGGUCAACUAUAACCUGUUUGUGAUAAAUUAAUCAGGAGCCCUGAAAUUUUCUAAAAUGAAAGAACAUUUUGAAUCCAUUAGAAGUAGUAGUAUCAUUAAAAUCCACUAAACGUUGCAUUAGGUGUAAUAACUCAGGCCCCGGAAUCACAGACACCUAUUGUGUCGUGGACCGAUCGGGCCGCUCGGGGCUCAACGGAUAAUGCCGAAAUAAAUAUUGAAUGGCUCAAAAGUGAAAAAAUUGAAGUCGCAGACCAAGUUGAAAACUUGGAGACAAUUGCAAAACAUGCUAAGAUGUUUAUGUGUGGAGAUGUUGAAAUUGGACACAUAGUAACAAAUGAACUACAGAUAAAUAAUGGCACAGAUAAUGCUGUGGAACUUGCUGAAAAAGAACACAGUGAUCUUAUAACGGGUAAAUAUGAAGGAGGACUAAAAAUAUGGGAAUGUACCUAUGACCUUAUUGAGUAUUUAGAAGAAAACAAUAUAUGCUUGGAAAAUAAAAAAGUAGUAGAUUUAGGCUGUGGAAGUGGUAUUUUAGGCAUAUAUGCUUUUCAAAAACAUGCUUCAGUAACUUUUCAAGACUAUAACAAAGAAAUAAUAGAACAUGUCACCAUUCCCAAUGUGAUACUAAAUAUAGAAGAUGAAGAAAAUAGAAAGAAUGAAAUUCAGAAAUGUCAGUUCUAUUCAGGGGACUGGCAAUCCUUUAACGAAAUAUUAGCAGAGAAUGAAAAAUAUGACAUAAUUCUUACAUCAGAAACUAUUUACAAUCUCAGCAAUUAUGAUAAGCUUGUAAAUUUUUUUAAUCAGAGAUUAACAAAUGAUGGGACUGUGUAUAUAGCUGCAAAAACAUACUAUUUUGGUGUUGGCGGAGGUAUGAGGCAGUUUGAACAAGCUUUAACCAACAGUGGGAAAUUUAAAUUCGAAAUUGUGUGGAAUACAACAUCUGGAAUUCAGAGGGAAAUCAUGAAAAUAACUAGAUUAUAAUAGAUGUAAAGAAAUGAUUUAUUAAAAAAAUUAUGUAAAUACAAAGAAAUAA